GCCCAUGUGACUCUCUCUUCUCCGUCUGUUUUUAACUUUGCUUCCAUGCAUGGAUUUCUCCUCCCCCCUCUCCCUCAACCUCAACCGCACCCCCCGCUCGAUCGCGUCGCCCCUCGCCAUCUCUGCAGCUUAACCACACCACCACCCCACCCCACCCUACCCUACCUUUCCUCCCCUCUACUCCUCCACCUCCACUUCGAUCGAAUGCUCGCUGCCGCCUCAGAUCUUCCCGCGCGAUCGCGCCCAGCUGGGUCAGGUUCGUUCGUUCUUGAUCCCCGGAUCCUGAAUUCCGGGGUUUCUUGGAAUUCUUUCUUGGGUUCGCCAUGGAUGCGGGGGGAGUGGAGCUCUCUGGCGUGAUGCAUCGGUGUAGGGUGUGCGGGAAGGGGUUCUCGUGCGGCCGCUCGCUCGGUGGCCACAUGCGGUCGCAUAUCUCGUUUGGGGAGGCGGCGGCGGAGCUCGGCGCCAAUGGCGGCGUGGUUGGGUACGGGCUGAGGGAGAAUCCCAAGAAGACGAGGCGGCUGUCUGAGUUUGAUGGUGAUGGUGAUGGUGAGGAGGUGGAGGUGGAGGAGGGUGGCGAUGGCGGCGAGCUCAGGGCGUGCCGGGAGUGCGGCAAGCUGUUCUCGUCGUGGCGCUCGCUGUUCGGGCACAUGCGGCGCCAUGCAUCCGGCGGCGGAGGGAGGAAUCACGACGACGACGACGAUGACGACGUGGAUGUGGAGGAUGAGUUCGGCGGCGGGGAGGAGGAGGAGAUUGUGGCGCCGGCGCCGGCGGCGGUGACUGUGAUCGCGGCGCCGCCGAGGCGGAGGCGGCGGUCGAUGCGCGUGGCGGCGCCCGCGCCCGCGCCCGCGCCGCCGCGGCCGGUGCUGCUGGGCGGGUUCGAGAAGGAACAGGAGGACGUCGCGCUCGGCCUCCUGAUGCUCUCGCGCGACACCGGCGUGUGGCGCUCGCCGGUCAAGGCGGAGACGUUCGAGAAGCCGGAGCAGAAGAAGAAGAAGGCGACGGCGAAGCAGCCGCCGCCGCUACCCCUCCCAAGAAACGGCUACGGCUACGGCUACAACUCCGACGAGGAUUCAGCUCUGCUCCAGUACGGCGGCGACGUCGCGAAGAGCAGGAAGCGAAGGGCUAGCUACCACUCUCCCAAUUCCAUCUCCUCGAAGAAGAAGCAGCAGCCGCGCGCGGCGGCGCCGGCGAAGCGGACACGGUACGAGUGCCCGGGGUGCGGCAAGGUGUUCGCCUCCUACCAGGCGCUUGGCGGCCACCGCGCGAGCCACAAGCGGAUCAACACUAGCUGCAGCGCCCCCAAGGUCUCCCCCGCCACCGCCGCGGCGGCGGCGCCCGCGCCGGAGCCGAGCUCGGAGACGUACGCCUCGCUGAGCACCCUCUCCCCCUCGGCGUCGCCGGGCUCGGCGGCCGCCGGCAUUGGCGACCGCAAGGCCAACAACAAGUCGUCAGCGGAGGAGGAGAAGUUCGGCGGCGCGUGCUCCUCCGACGAGCUCUACGCCGAGCUGGAGCUGGAGCAGCGCUCGCCGGCGGCGGCCGCGGGGUUUCUUGAUCUCAACUUCCCGCCGGCCUCAUCGGAGGUUGGCGUGAACUGAAGCAGAAUUGGCCGCGUCAGCAGCUGCACGGAGCCAAAGAUUUCUUGAUCCGAAAAUCGAGGCGAUCAAUGGGGAACUGUACAGAUUCAAUUCAUUCCAUUCAUUCCAAUCUCGAGCUCCAAGCUUUCCAAGAUCAUUGAGGAAAAAAAAAUCGACAAGUGAUCAGAGUUUUCUCAGGUUAUUCCAAAGUUUUCUUCAUUUUUGUUUCUUCUUCUUCUUUUUUUUUUAACAUUUCCUUUAUUUAGUUUUCUCUCCUUUGAACUUCUUUGAAGGGGCUAAAUCACAAUAAGCCUAUGAUGAUAAGAGCUCACAGCAUCUGAACUGAUUCAGUUAUUAAUAGCUUAAGAUUAGCUCAAAGCAACUGUUUUUAA